GGGUUUCAGGGUAAGCCAAUCAGAAACGGAAUUGGGGGCGGGUCUUCUUCCACAUGAGGCCAAUAGUAUCCAGUCGCAGAAUGUAGCUAACAGCGAGCACAGUACGGCACGGCACGUCUUCUUUUACAGUUCGGGUUAGGAUAAGGGUGGAAGUUAUAAAAGGAGAAGUGUGUCGUGAGGACUACAGGCUGUAGCCAGACCGUUCUCCAUGCCUGCUUUCCCUGAAGCGGCAACACGUCGAGAUUGACGUUCACUUCUAUCCAGUAGCAAAGCACCGAUUCACAAUUUGUCCAAUUACAGACGAGGAUUAGUUGGCGGGAGAGGAAGAGGCGGGGCUUAGCAGUGACUGGCAGGCCCCUGGUCAAAAGUGCGGAAACACAUGCAGCUUGAUGUUAUUGUCAUGUGCGAUAUGUAGCUUGAAAACUGUAACUGAUUUGCUGUAUAUAUUUUAGUAAAUACAACAUCUCUGUACAAAUUAAUAAUAAUGGCAGCGACUGUUGCAACACCUGUUACUCCCACGGAACUCGACCACGACCGGUGUGGGAGCGAGGAGGAGACCCGUGGGGCCGAGGUGGAGGAGGAGAUUCAGCAGCAGCAGCAGCAGCACACAGGCCCCGCGGCCGCCGUCACCCACAACCGCCUGAACAAACUGCCGCUGUCCCGGAUCAAGACGCUGAUGAAGACCGACCCAGACGUGUCCCUCGCCAGCCAAGAGUCUGUAUUCAUCAUCGCUAAAGCUACAGAGUUGUUUGUGGAGAUGAUUGCCAAAGAUGCCCUGGUGUAUGCCCAGCAAGGGAAGAGGAAAACUUUACAGAGAAAAGACUUAGACAAUGCAAUAGAGGCCAUAGAUGAAUUUGCAUUUCUUGAAGGCACUCUUGACUAAAGGCUGCUUCAGGAGAACAAUCAGAAUAUAGAACAUCUGCAAACAUUCAAGAAACUCACCAUUGCAGGGACAUCUGUUGUGUGGAAACUUCUCUGGUACUUUUCUAAGUCGAGUCCUGCCUCUGCAUCAUAUCUGAUGUUUAUAAAUGAUUUUCUACAAUGUGCCAGUAUUACUUUUCAUACUUUGAAUACAUUAGUGGUGAUGUGUACAUUAUUGUAAAUAUUUUAAAAAAACAACAACUGCACAGUGGAAUAAAUGUUAAAAGUUUUUAAAUGUCCAUUUUCUUUGAAAAUUAAAGGUCAUUUUUCAACA